GCGUGGUGUACUUGUAUUUCCAUAUAGAUCAUACUGGCGUUCACCGACAGCCGCUUCACGCUUAAUCGAUCGCAGAUGCUAGUCGUAGUACAAAUAAUAGAACGGUAUAUCGUCUGCUGAACGCGAGAUAGCAGAGAUGAAGAAAAUACUCUCGAUUUCCAGCUCUUUGGAUAACGCCUGAUAUUCGGAGCGCACGUGUGUUGAGGAACAAGAUAAAUUUGCAGGGGAUUCAUUCCAAGUAUAUUUAGCACAUAUUAGCCUAUUGAUACAGUGUAGAUGUAGCGAUAACAUCGUUCGAGGAUCGAAUUUACAACUUACAUCGACCUGUUUUUCUAAAGAGCAAUAUCGAACAAUCAUGUUUAUGGUUUGGUUGACUAUUGUAGUUGCAGCAAAUCACUAUGUCGUUACUGCCACCACUGGUCCUGCUAGCUCUACCACCGCCGAUGGGUUGCACAUGGAACCUGUUCGCGACUGGGACGUGAUUCUCGGUGGUGUAUUUCCUAUCCGAACCCGUGCUGAAAACAAUACUUGUGGAAAGCCUAGCCUACAUGGAUUACAGGAAAAAUAUGCUAUGAUUUACGCUGUGAACAAAAUAAUUAAUGACGAAAGCUUAUUGCCGGGGCUACGGAUUGGAACCAAAAUCUAUGAUUCGUGCGACUCUAUCUCCCAGGCAACCAAGCAAGCCAUGACUUUCAUCUUAGAUACUACUUUUAAGGAAACAUGUCAAUGCGCAAUCGAAAGUCAGAGUUCAGGUCCACUGCUAGGGGUAGUUGGAGGAUCGUCAAGUUCAAUAUCGGCUCAAAUGGCGAGUUUAUUCAGAAUUGAGAAAAUAACGCAAGUGAGCUAUUGGGCAACCAGUUCGGAGCUCAACAACCGAUUCCGCUACGGCUACCACUUCCGCACCGUACCAUCUGACGCGGGGCUAAACAGCGCCAUCAUACAACUCGUCAACGAAUUUAACUGGAACUACUUGUCUGUUGUGUAUGAGGACUCGAGUUUCGGUCGCAAAGCUUUAGAGGAUUUGCAGAAACAGACCAACGCAUAUAACAUCUGCCUUGCUGAAGUAAAGAAGUUUUCUUAUGAUACAAAAAUGGCUACCGAAGACGAGUUUCAUCGAAUUGCCGCAAAAUUGAGCGAAGCUAAGAAGGCUAAAGUUGUGAUUGUGUACGCAAAGAGGAAGGAGAUGGACAUGUUAUUUGAGAGUGUACGUAAGAGGGAGCCCGAGCUCAGUGAACGUUUCGUCUGGUUACUAAGUUACAAUCAAGCAGAUGAAUAUUAUCCACAUGAGAUUGAGGGCGCUUUUCUAUUCUCGCAUUGGACUCAGUCAAGCGUGACAUUUGAGAGAGAAUUUGUAUCUGAGUUUCUAAGAAAUACAGAGAAUGUGCACACGUUAGCAAUGGCAGGAACAACCAAGUACGGUAUUAAUCACACCAAUGAUGCAAAGGAGUUAGUAAGCUCCAUGUCGCAGAAAGUUCCAUUUAUCAUCGACUCAGUUUACAGUUUUGCACAUGCUCUUCAAAAUAUGAUGAAGAAAUAUAACGUGACGAAACUUCCGACAUCGUUAUUAAUGGAUAGAGAGGCAAGAGAGUUAUUCGCAAAGAACAUGGCAGAGGUCUCAUUUAAAGGGAUGAGCGGUAACCAAAUUGAGUUCAACGAUAAAGGGACUAUUCAUUCUGCAAAAUACUUGAUUCGUCAGUUUCGUUCCAAUGGGACAUACAAGUGGAUAGACGUAGGCGUUUAUAAAAACAAUACCUUGACGUUAUUUGAAAACAAUCUUGUUUUUAAAAGUCCAAAUAUUAAAUUUCCAAAUUCAGUUUGCGCAGAAUCCUGUGCAGCAAAUGAAGAACUGAUCCGAGAUGAUGAGAACAGUCGGUGCUGUUGGGUGUGUCGAAAGUGUACAGUACUUCAAUAUCUGACACCUGGACGCAGGUGUAAAAAAUGUUCUCCUAAACAAAGACCGAACGCUAACAAAACCGAAUGUUACGACAUUCCAAUUGAAACUAUGACGUUGUAUAAUAAAUGGGGAGCUGGUGUGUCACUUGUGUCCUUUAUUGGCAUGAUCGUUGUUGUAGCGACGGCGGCCAUUUUGUUAAAGUAUCGCGAUACACCAAUCGUAAAGGCUUCUGGGAAAGAGUUAAGUUAUCUGUUGUUAUGGGGAAUUUUUCUGGCCUAUCUGAAUGGGUUAAUAGGAUCAAACAGACCGACAGCAGGUAUAUGUACGCUAAUACGUUUGGGAAUCGGUUCCAGUUACACGUUGUGUUUCGCUGCAAUUCUGAUUAAGACGAACAGGAUCUCUCGUAUAUUCAAUCGCUCAAGACGAGGGGCAAUGAAGACCACGCAUUGCAUAAGUCCUGCAUCUCAGGUUGCUCUCUGUCUCCUACUGUUUGGAAUACAGCUCGUCAUUAUUAUCGUCUGGUUAAUCAUUAAACCGCCGCAGACGGUGUACCAUCAACCGACUGACCUCCGGUUGCAGUUAGUAUGUGGUGUUUUAACCGACUCUUCCUUUAUGAUUGUGUUGAUUUAUCCGGCUUUUCUCCUUCUUGUUUGCGUUUUUUAUGCAUUCAAAACAAGAAAAUGCCCGUCGGGUUUCAACGAAACAAAGUUCAUUGGUUUCACGGCUUAUAUAACGUGCAUCAUUUGGUUAUCAUUCAUACCUGUCUAUUUCAUUACGCAGAACAUGCCGUUACGUCAGACUGCCCUCAACGUUGCACUUGCGCUAAGUGCUACGGUUGCCUUCAUUUUUUUAUUUGCACCAAAAAUCUUCAUUAUUUUAUUUAGACCAGAGAAAAACACAAAACGUAGCAUUAUGGGAUCGUCAAAUGGAGCAAGAACACGGACAUUCAAAGACAUCGUCAAGUCUGUACAAGCACAGCAUAUGGGCGAUAAGGCGUCGUCAGAUUUAAUGACCAGUGGCAAGAAACCGUCACUAGCUAUGGUAGUUCUAGCCGCUAAGAAACUUGAAUUACAACGCGCAGCAGCGGCAGCAGCGGCAGCGGAGACGGAAGCACAGCCAAAUCCAACAGACACCGCAAACGGAGAGGCUGAAGUUAUCGCAGAAGUACACCGAGAGGACGACAGCGGAAUCGUUGACAACACUACCAACGACCAACAGACACCGAUGUUGAGUGCAACCGACAAUUAGUUCAGAUCAUAAAAAAUAAUCAUUUAGGCUUAAAUUUAUAUUGUGAUUUUAUUACAAUUAUAUGAGUAUAUUGUAUCGUUGUGGUCUCCGCAUUAAUUCAUUCCCGGCAAUAAAUAUACUUUGCACAUUCGUCAAACCAUUAUUGAAAGUUUGAUAUUACAGUUUAAAGAUAGGCUAGGCUUGCCAUCAUAAGAACAUUUAAGAACAAUAAGAUAUUAUUAUGUAAGAUGCCGUACGUAAGUAACUUCACUACAUUUUCUAAAAUAGAAAAAAUCGAUCGAGUUUGCCUCCUGAUCACAACGUUAUAAUAGGUGUGUUUGAAAUAGGCAGAGUUAAUACGGUUGCUACCUAAGAAUGAUAAUAUCAUCGACGUACGUUAUAAUUUACCCAAUAAUCAUGAAAGUACAGAUCAUGUUUGAAUUAACCUGGUUCAACUAUGUUUUCAUAACAUUAAAAAAGCCUAUUGUAAAUUACGCCAGAAUUGAGCCUACAAUAAAUUAAUUAGAUAUUUUUUGAAUUGACAUUAUUGAAGCUUAAAACUAUGUUUUUAAGUAGUAUUUGCAUCCAUGGAUAGUGUUUCUGUGAUCAGAGAACACAAAAAACCGGAAAAUGGCAGGGUUAAAAGUAAACUUAUUUAUAUAGGCCUGUAUAAGUUUUUGAUUAAAUUGUUGUGAAAAUGUUCUUUGAUAAAAAGCUGUUGUAAAAUCUAUUGUUGAAAUAUUUAUAACAAUUUUACAAUAACCAUUAUUUAUAUUGCUAAACAGCUACAUUGUAAUCAAAAUUGUUUGUAUAUAAUAGGCCUAUUCAUUUUUGUAGCUCUGAACAAUAAAGUUCGCUGAACAUUAACUUAA